AUGCAUCGCCCUCAACUUUUUGUCACCUCUUUUCUGACCCUCCUCACCCUUCCCCUCUCAGUCUCUUCCCAGACGGUCUACCUAAUUCGUCAUGGAGAAAAGCCUUCAGAUGGCGGCAACGGCCUCAGUGCCCUCGGUCUCCAAAGAGCACAAUGUCUUCGCAAUGUCUUUGGUAAUGAAAGUAAUUAUGACAUCAAGUAUAUAAUGGCUAUGACGCCUAAAAGUGAUGGAGAACGCACGCGUCCACUCGAUACAGUGCAACCCCUAGCCACGGAUCUAAAUAUCACAGUUGAUAUUUCAUGCGACAGAGAUGACGCAGAUUGUGUAGCCAAUGUCGUGAAUCAAUAUGAAGGGGAAGGAAACAUAUUGAUUAGCUGGCAACACGGUGCGCUGACCGACAUUGUUAAGGCUUUGGGUGAUGAGAAUGCGCCCAAGUGGAAGAAACAUGCAUACGAUACCAUCUGGACAGAUCCAAAACCAUAUACCGGUCUUACCGAGAUAACAUCCGAGAAUUGUCCUGGAUUAGAUGAUAAUUAG